ACUGCUCCAUAUGGAUCCAUAAUUACUUUGCUCUGAAAUUGGGGUUUGCCCGGACCAAGAAGGCUCCAGACACGAGACACGAGCCAAAAAGUCUGAGAUGGCAAUUUGAUUUUUGGGUUUGUUCCAUAUUUAGCUGGAAGUGAUUGACUGACUCGUGAUGGCCGAUGUGGAGAAUCCCGCCUUGGUCACGCCCGACCCGGAGGCGGCCGUGGCGGCUGAGAAUCUGACCGAGGGCGUGUUGAACGGGACCACUGGACGAAUUCCGUCCACACCGGAAGGCAUGGCCGUGGCUUACACCAGUUUGGUGGUGAUGGCCCUGAUUCCCAUCUUCUUCGGGUCGUUUCGGUCGGUGCGCUCGCACAGUGAGCAGAAAGCCGAGUCCAAGCGGACGGGGGAGGCGCCGGAGCGCAUGACCUCGGCCGAUGCGGCCAUGUUCCCCAUCAUCGCCUCCUGCGCACUCUUUGGCUUGUAUGUGUUCUUCCAGAUUUUCUCCAAGGACCACAUCAAUCUGUUGCUGUCCGUGUACUUCUUCGUGUUGGGCAUCUUCGCUCUCACCCACAUGGUCUCGCCCUUCAUCAAGCGAUUGAUUCCCGGCUUCGUGCCCGUCAUUCCCUAUCAUCUGACCUUUAUUCAGGGCGAAGACUCGGCCUUGGAGGAGCUGGUCAACUUCAAGUUCACCACCCACGACAUGGUUGUGUUUGCCUUGAGCACGGCGGUGGGCGUGUGGUAUUUCUUGAAGAAACACUGGAUCGCCAACAAUAUCUUUGGCUUGGCUUUCGCCAUCAAUGGCGUGGAGCUACUUCAUCUCAACAAUGUCAUGACGGGUUGCAUCUUGUUGGGCGGGCUCUUCUUCUACGAUAUCUUCUGGGUGUUCGGGACCAAUGUCAUGGUCACUGUGGCCAAGUCGUUCGAGGCGCCCAUCAAGUUGGUAUUCCCGCAGGAUCUGCUCGAGAAUGGACUCGGUGCCACUAAUAUGGCCAUGCUUGGCUUAGGCGACAUCGUGAUUCCGGGCAUUUUCGUAGCCCUGUUGCUUCGCUAUGACAACAGCUUGAAACGGGGCUCGAACUUCUAUUUCUGGACGUGCUUCCUGGCCUACAUCGGCGGUCUGCUCACCACCAUUGGGAUCAUGCAUUUUUACAAGCACGCUCAGCCCGCCCUUUUGUACUUGGUUCCCGCUUGUCUCGGCACACCCACCUUCAUCGCACUUGUCCGUGGCGAUAUCAAGUCCAUGUUCAGUUAUGCCGAUCACCCCGAAGAAGACCAAGAGAGCAAGAAAAUUGAGGCGGAGAAGUCCAAGAAGAAGAAAUGAAGGCACCUUGACAUGCUAUGAAGCGCAAAUCCAUCAGACGAAAACACAAAAACAAUGCCAUUGGUUUUUAUACAUCGCCCUCCCAACGAUUGUUUCUUCAUAUUUACCUCUACGUUGUUUUUUCGUGGUGUUGUUCCGUUUAUUUCUUUUUUUUAACCUUUGUUACAAAUCCAUAUGCGCGUUAAACCCAUUAAAAACUUAUCAGACUGCUUCAAUCCAUUCGCAACAGGUCAAAAGGAUCUAAACUUGCCAUCCUAUUAAUUUCAG